GGGUGUUGUGGUUCCGAGGGCCGCGCGCGGAACCUCCGCUGCUGCUGCUUCUGUUGCUGCUGCCGAGGUGGCAGCGGCGGCGCUGAGGCGCUGAGGCGGUGGCGGAGCUGCCGGCCCCGGGCCUCUCGGCCUCUCGGCUCGCUUCCCAGCCUCCCCUGAGCCCGCCGGGGCCCGCGCCGGCCAGCGCCUGCCCUAUGAGUGUGUCACUGGUGGUCAUCCGACUCGAGCUCGCGGAACACUCGGCCGUCCCCGCCGGCUUCGGCUUCAGCGCGGCCGCUGUGGAAAUGUCUGAUGAGAUCAAACAGAAGGCGCUGGCUUCCGCCGCAGCCUGUUUGGAAGGGAAGUCACCCGGGGAGAAGGCGGCGGUCAUCCACCAGCACCUUGGCCGGCGGGAGAUGACCGACAUCAUCAUUGAGACCAUGAAGUCAAGCCCAGAUGAACCAAAAGAUGCGGUGGAAGAAACAGCGUCUUGGGAAGCAUCGCCCGCUGCCCCGAGAAGCCGAGGUCCGAGCACGGAAGGCAGCAGUACCGCUCCUGACUCCCCGUCCAAACAGCUGCCGGGCCAGAUCUCUUUCUUCAGCGGCAAUCCUUCCGUCGAAAUAGUUCAUGGUAUUAUGCAUCUGUACAAAACGAAUAAGAUGACCUCCUUGAAGGAAGAUGUAAGACGCAGUGCCAUGCUGUGUAUCCUCACAGUCCCCGCCACAAUGACCAGUCAUGACCUUAUGAAGUUUGUCGCCCCGUUUAAUGACGUAAUUGAGCAAAUGAAAAUCAUCAGAGACUCCACUCCAAAUCAGUACAUGGUGCUGAUAAAGUUUAGUGCACAGACUGAUGCAGAUAGUUUUUAUAUGGCAUGCAAUGGCCGCCAGUUCAACUCCAUAGAAGAUGAUGUUUGCCAGCUGGUCUACGUAGAGAGGGCGGAAGUGCUGAAAUCUGAAGAUGGCGCCAGUCUCCCCGUGAUGGACCUGACUGAGCUCCCCAAAUGCACAGUGUGUCUGGAGCGCAUGGACGAGUCUGUCAAUGGCAUCCUCACCACGCUGUGCAACCACAGCUUCCACAGCCAGUGUCUGCAGCGCUGGGACGACACCACGUGUCCCGUGUGCCGGUACUGUCAGACGCCGGAGCCAGUAGAAGAAAAUAAGUGUUUUGAGUGUGGUGUUCAGGAAAACCUUUGGAUUUGUUUAAUCUGUGGCCACAUAGGAUGUGGACGGUAUGUCAGCCGACACGCCUACAAGCACUUUGAGGAGACACAGCACACGUACGCCAUGCAGCUCACCAACCACCGAGUCUGGGACUACGCUGGAGAUAAUUAUGUCCAUCGGCUGGUUGCAAGUAAGACAGAUGGAAAAAUAGUCCAAUAUGAAUGUGAGGGUGACAGCUGCCAGGAAGAGAAACUCGAUGCCUUACAGUUGGAGUAUUCAUAUCUACUCACAAGUCAGCUGGAAUCUCAACGAAUCUACUGGGAAAACAAGAUAGUUCGGAUAGAGAAGGAUACAGCAGAGGAAAUUAACAACAUGAAGACCAAAUUCAAAGAAACAAUUGAGAAAUGUGACACCCUGGAGCAGAGACUCAAUGAUCUCCUGAAAGAAAAGCAGUCUAUGGAAAGAAAGUGCACUCAGCUAAACACAAAAGUGGCCAAGCUCACCACUGAGCUCAAAGAGGAGCAGGAAAUGAACAAAUGUUUGCGAGCCAACCAAGUCCUCCUGCAGAACAAGCUGAAGGAGGAGGAGAGGGUGCUGAAGGAGACCUGCGACCAGAAAGACCUGCAGAUAGCAGAGAUCCAGGAGCAGCUGCGCGAUGUCAUGUUCUACCUGGAGGCGCAGCAGAAGAUCAGCCACCUGCCGGCCGAGACCCGCCAGGAGAUCCAGGAGGGACAGAUCAACAUUGCAAUGGCCACAGCCUCCAGCUCCUCAUCUUCCGGGGGCAGUGGCAGGCUGCCCUCCAGGAAGGGCCGUGGCAAGAGGGGCAAGUGACCUUCAGAGACAGACUCCCCUGAGACUGUUCUCCCUGGCACUGUGGGGCGUGCUGGGACCUCCAGCUCCGAGUGAGGGUGGGCGCCUGCAAGUGUAAGUGAGCAUCA